ACCUAGAGGCUCGGACGUACCGAAGCUCGGACGAACGUUAGACGUGCUGAUAUAAAAUGGAGCUCCCAAGUCUCCCUUUCUUCUGAAUAGAGAGAAAAAGAGGGGCGGAGACGCAAUUUCCGGAGUGACUUUCGCGUGGAGAGAUUGAUUCUAGAGAAGAAGCCCUUCGAUUUGGUGAACGUGAAUGUUAGGUUAUUGAUACCUAGGUUGGAGAUUUCGAGCUCCAAGAAGGAAUCUUUGGGGUGAAAACAUAUAAAAGAGGGAGUUUUUGUCGUGAAUUUUGCUGAAUUUACAUAGCACGAGGUUUAUUUUGGCAAUGGGAGACCAUCUUGUGUUGUACGUUGACCGUCUCAUAGCGCCACAAACCAUCGGAACGAUACAAGAAAAGGAGGGUUCGAGUUCUUCUGGAGAACCUGUACAUGCUUCCUUUGUUCCUUUGCCUUUACCGGUUGGGUCUACAAAGGGUAAGGAGGAGGAGAAGGAGGAACACAUGGAUGAAGAUGAUGAGGAGCCGCUUAUUCAGAUGGCAGAGUGUCGUAUUUGCCAGGAGGAGGAUCACAUUAAAAAUCUGGAGACCCCUUGUGCCUGCAGUGGCAGUCUAAAGUAUGUUCAUAGGGCAUGUGUGCAGCACUGGUGCAAUGAAAAAGGAGAUAUAACCUGUGAGAUCUGCCAUGAGCCAUACAAGCCUGGGUAUACCGCACCUCCCCGAGCAACCCCUGAUGAGACCACCAUUGACAUCAGUGGAGGUUGGACCAUCACUGGUGCCCCACUGGAUUUGCAUGACCAUCGGAUCCUUGCGAUGGCAGCAGCACAGCAUCACUUCCUUGAAGCCGAGUAUGAUGAGUAUGCUUCUACAAAUGCUCGUGGUGCUGCAUUCUGCCACUCUGUUGCUCUAAUUUUAAUGGCUCUUCUGCUGUUGAGGCAUGCGCUGACCAUUACCAAUGGUGAUGAAGAUGAUGAUGCUUCCACAUUUUUUUUCACUUUUUCUACUGCGGGCUGCUGGAUUUCUAUUACCAUGUUACAUCAUGGCCUGGGCCAUAAGUAUCUUGCAGCGUCGAAGGCAAAGACAGGAAGCAGCUGCCAUAGCAGCGACCGAAGUGGCGCUCAUACUGCGGGCAGGGCAAGCAAGAGGCCUGCAGUUCGCCAUAGCACCUGACUCGCCUGUCACUCCCCAACAGGACCUUCAUCAAUAGGGUUUCUUUGCCAUACAAGCUGGUGAAGCUUUGAGACAGGUUGCAGCGGCAGCAAUUGUGACCCAAUUUUCUGAAAAGAGAAGGACACCCUUUUUCUCUGUUAUUGAUGAAUCUCCGAUUUCACUUCUUAGAUUUCGAAACCUUAAAGAAUGUCCUGUAAAUAUAUUUCAAAAUAUCAUGAGCUUGUUUUCAGAUUUCAGAUGUUAACAAAGGAGAAAAAUGCGAAAAAGCAUGUUUGUAUAUUUUCUUAUUGUUAUGAUGUGAAGAUAUGCAGCUGUGCUGAGGUCCAGCUUCUUUUGAAA